CAGAAUCAAAUGGUAAUAAAGGACCGAAAGUUAAGUAUAACUCACAGUUUAAAGCAGCCAGAGCAAUCACAGCACUUACGAAGCCAGUACUUCAAUCUGUAAAUCAAACAAUUGAAGCACGUCCACCAAGAAAUAUUCUAUUAUCGCAAGAAGAAAAAGCUUUAGUAGCUCAGCUUGAUCCAGCGCAAUUUAAU